GAGUCUGAAGACCCUUCUAGGAAACCACUAGUUCUAUGGCUAAAUGGAGGACCUGGCUGCUCUUCAAUAGGAGGUGGAGCAAUGAUAGAAAUUGGACCCUUUCGGGUAAAUCCUGACGGAAAAGCUCUACAGUAUAACAAUUAUGCAUGGAACAAAGUGGCAAAUGUCCUCUUCUUGGAAUCUCCAGCUGGCGUUGGAUUUUCGUAUUCCAAUACAACAUCAGAUUAUGUUAUUGGGGAUAAAAAGACUGCAGCAGAUUCAUAUAUAUUUUUAGUUAACUGGCUCGAAAGAUUUCCUGAGUAUAAAACCCGAGAUUUCUACAUAACUGGAGAGAGUUACGCCGGUCAUUAUGUGCCUCAGCUUGCCGACUUAAUCCUCGAAAACAACAAAAUCAAGAAUCAAACUGUCAUUAACCUUAAAGGAAUUGCUAUUGGGAAUGCAUAUAUCGACUAUACGGAUAGGUGGACUGGCACUUAUGAUCAUCACUGGACAAGUGCUCUCAUAUCUGAUGAAAUUCAUGAAGGCGUGAUAAAAAAUUGCGAUUUUUCUUCUGCUGUGAAUUCUACAAAAGUUUGUCAAGAAUACACAGAUCGAGCCGAUAAGGCCAUAGGCAACAUCUUCAUCUAUGACAUUUAUGCUCCCUUGUGCUCUUCCUCUUCAAAAGCUCCCUCGCAGGCAUCAGGUUUCGAUCCAUGCUCAGAUGAUUAUGUCUUCGCCUACUUAAACGCCCCUGAAGUGCAAAAGGCACUUCACGCUAACAUCACCGGAGUUCCAGGACCCUGGGCAGAUUGCAAUGAAUUGCUAUUUGAUAACUGGCAAGACAUGCCAGACACAGUAUUACCUACCAUAAAGAAGCUGAUGGCUAGUGGCCUUAGAGUUUGGAUCUAUAGUGGAGAUACAGAUGGGAUAUUACCAAUAACGGCAACUAGAUAUUCAAUGCACAAACUUGGGUCCCCUGUAAAGACUCCAUGGUAUGCCUGGGACUACAAAGGCGAGGUUGGGGGCUAUGUAGUUGAAUACCAGAAUGUGACAUUUGUGUCCAUACGAGGAGCAGGACAUUUUGUUCCCAGAUCACAUCCUGAGCGUGCACUUGACUUGUUCUCCUCCUUCUUAGAGGGAAAGCUUCUUCCGAUUGUAGUUGAUUACUCAGUCAGCCUCUCAAGAUUUCUUGAAGAUAUAAUUGUUAAAAACCAAGAAACCAUUGUGAAGCCGGCGGAUCUAAACUAUAAAAGAAGAAAAAUAACAAGAAUGGACAUAAUCCCCACCCUGACCUCUGUUGGAUUGCAAAAGAUGAGAGGUGAAUUUGUUUUAGUCCUCUCUCUUUUGUGCCUCGCGGCUUCUGUACAAUGUUACGGUGGGAGAGGCUAUGACCCUCUUGGAAAAUUUAUCAAGGAUCGACGCUCAAAAAGAUCAGUCAACAAUCCUGCCGAGGAUCCAGUGUUGACUAAUUAUUCACCGGUUUAUGUAGCGCCUCAGGAGGGAAUAAAGGAUCUUGACAAGAUAUUAUCUUUGCCCGGACAACCUAAGGUUAAUUUUUCUCAGUAUUCAGGGUACGUAACUGUUGAUCCUAAGGCAGGCCGAGCACUCUUUUACUAUUUUAGUGAAUCCGAAGACCCUUCCAGCAAACCUCUGGUGCUGUGGCUAAAUGGAGGACCUGGCUGCUCUUCAAUAGGAGCAGGAGCAAUGACUGAACUUGGACCAUUUCGGGUUAAUCCAGAUGGCAAAACUCUAUGGUAUAACAAAUAUGCUUGGAAUAAUGUGGCAAAUGUCCUUUUCUUAGAAUCCCCAGCUGGUGUUGGAUUUUCAUAUUCCAAUACAUCAUCAGAUUAUGUUACUGGAGACAAAAGAACUGCGGCAGAUUCAUAUACCUUUCUAAUUAACUGGCUGGAAAGAUUUCCAGAGUACAAAUCCCAUGAUUUCUACUUAACAGGAGAGAGUUAUGCCGGUCAUUAUGUGCCUCAACUAGCUGAUUUAAUCCUCAAAAACAACAAAAUCACAAAUCAAACUGUCAUUAACCUGAAAGGAAUUGCUAUCGGGAAUGCAUACAUUGAUCAUACGGAUACAAGUGCAGGAACUUUUGACCAUUUGUGGACAAGUGCUCUAAUUUCGGAUGAAAUUCAUGAAGGCAUAAUCUCAAAUUGCAAUUUUUCAUCGCCUGCCACUUCAGAAGUCUGUUUCAAUUACACAGAACAAGCCUGGGAAGCCAUAGGCAACAUCUACGGCUAUGACAUUUAUGCUCCCUUGUGCUCUUCCUCUUCAAGUGCUCCUGGGGUAUCAAGUUUCGAUCCAUGCUCAGGUGAUUAUGUUUUCGACUAUUUAAACACUCCCGAAGUGCAAAAGGCACUUCAUGCUAACAUCACUGAAGUUCCUGGACCAUGGGAUAAUCACUGGCAGGAUGCACCAUAUACGGUGUUACCUACCAUAAAGAAGCUAAUGGCUAGCGGUAUUAGAGUUUGGAUCUACAGUGGAGAUACAGAUGGGGUAAUACCAGUUACAGCAACAAGGUAUUCGAUGCCCAAACUUGGGUCGCCUAUAAAGACUCCAUGGUAUCCCUGGGACUCCCAAGGCGAGGUUGGAGGUUAUGUAGUUGGCUACCAGAAUGUGACAUUUGUGACCAUAAGAGGAUCAGGGCACUUUGUUCCAAGUUACCAGCCUGAGCGCGCACUCAUCUUCUUCUCAUCCUUCAUUGAGGGAAAGCUUCCUCCGGCGCAGAGCUAAACAGGGAAUCAAGAUAAAUGCGAAUAAAAUGUUGGAACUGUUUUUUUCACAAUUGUAAGAUAACCAGUGUCCAUAGUCUUAGUAAAGACUAAUAUCAGAUUGCAAUAAAUUGAUGGCAUUUAAACUUUCUGUUAACACUGAAAGUUUGAAUAACAGCU